AUGGAUACCUUGGCAACUCUGUGCACUCUUCUGUUGCUCCUAUUUUUUGUUCAUGCAGACCUUGUGGAACAAUUUGAGAAUGUGCCCGAAUGCUUGAAGUAUUUCUACAAAAGCAAAAUACCAGGAUGGGGGGCUUCAAAACCGGGAACCGCUCGUCUCUGUCAGCGAUUUGCCAACCGGUACCACUUUGCCACACUGUAUGACACAAACCAUCGUAUAGCAGUUUACUCAGCAUACGUGUUCCAGCCGAGCAAUGGCGGUGGUCGGGAGAGAAGGUGGUUUGUAGAGCCUCAGCUGGUAAAUACAGCAUGGCAAGCAGAGAUGAAGGAUGGUUACUGGCUGGGGAGAGACCACCCUGGGAUCUACCUGGGGGAGAGACAGGCUCUCAAUGAGGACUACACACACUCUGGCUAUGACCGAGGUCACCUCAAUCCCAAUGGACACCAUGCAGUUCCUGGCCGCAAUGCCACUUUCACCCUCACCAAUGUGGUUCCUCAGAACCCCAAACUAAACCAGAACGCAUGGAGAAUCCACGAGUCUCGGCUUAAUGAUCUUUUCCGCGAAAGAUGCUCUAAGGCCUACGUUUUGGUGGGGGCAGUCCCUUCGGCGGGCAAUUGGAUUGUCAAGAACAAUGUGAGGCGUGUCAACAUCCCAGACUACCUGUGGAAUGCUUACUGCUGUGUGGACAACAAUGACAGGCCCAUUCAAGGGGGCGCCGCUGCAGCCAGGAACACAGAGGAUAACUGGGUCGAGAAACUCUCAUUGAAUGAGUUUGAAGAGUUCCUGCAGCAGUUUUCAAAUCAUCCAGUAGGAGAGCUUUUCCACAAUAGCUGCAAAAGUUGAU